UUUCCACUCUAUAAUGUGUGUAGUGUAGUGUUACUACACUAUUCUGUGCUUAGUUAAUUGUUAGCAUUUUUCUUUUUUCUUUUGUAUUAGUUUUUACUAUCUUGUUUUGUGUUACACUUAUUUACUACCUGUUUACAUAUUUAUCAUCAUAUCAGAAAAACAUAAGCAUAUAUUUUAGUACAUAUUUAAAUAUUCUCAGAGGGUAGGAGCUUAUUUCAAAUUGAUUGUCAAGAGACAAAUUAAGCUCAAUAAAGUUUUUGGGCAGAUAUCAGCUGCAAUUCUAAAUUAUGCCUUAGGAAAAACAAACUCAAAACUCACAAGGUAUCCUUUGAUGUACAUCCCUGGAAAUUCUCUAAACACUACAGUUUUUGUUCUUCACAUGCCCAGAAUAAAUAAAGGCCCAGACCCAGUAAAAGAAUAGCUGCAUUUGUAUUAACAUACAUGACCUGAAACAAGAUUUGAGUGGAGGAGUCCCAGUGUUAGCUCCUGGAGACAAAAGUUUUCCAAAGGACACUGAAGGAGAAAGGAUAAGGAGAUAAGGACAUGAAGUAGAAAGAGAAUACAUAACCAACACACCUCAGAAAACUCCAGUCAGUAAUCCAUAAUUUUACUAUUUUAGGGUGUUUACAUACAUGAAUAUUCACUACAUCAUCCUUCAAAAAGAGAAAUUUCCUAUGCAGCCAGUAACCUGGAUAUGGGGUUUUUUGUAAGCUGUAAAUUCAGGAGACCUUGGUAAAUAUAUUCUUUAAGAAUGCCCGUGUGGCUGUGCAUUGCUUGGCCAUAAAUAUAAUUCCAGGCAUUCCUGUUGAAACCACAGGGAUGGAGCCAUUACUUGGCAAGACUGUGGACAGAGUGAAUGAAAUGCACUCUAGUGAUGGAGCACAUUUCUCAUGGUAUUUAUCUAUUAAACUGAUUAGUGAGGUACAUUAUCCCUGCACAGAUGUUGCUAGGACUUUGUAGCUUCUGCAGCCUUGGAAUUCCCUUAAAAAUUUUGGGACAAGAAAGAAACACAGAGAAGCUCUUCCUUCCUUUUCCCUUGUAUCUCAUGUUACAGAUGGUUGGCAGCUAAGAUGCUGAGGUCCUAAAUACAAGAGGUUUAGGGAAGGAAAUAGGCAAAUUAAUUCCUGGAUUAAGCUAAUCUCAGAAAGCACUUUGGAAAGAAGCUUGAAAUGGAUUUGUAAGGACAAUUCUUUUCAAGAAUAUCUUACAGAAAGAAUCAGCUCUGAUGCCUUGGCAGAUGUUCUUGCAGAAUGAAAGAUGUGGUUAAUGGUAAAGUGUAGCAACAAAAAAGUUACCACAGAAUUAAAUUGUGGUCCUAAAAAAAAAAAUACACAUGAAAUGAAAUUCCUAUAAUGGAAUAAGUGUGAAAACAAAAGAUCUGAGAGUAUCUGAUGUUAUUCAAGACAAAAAAACUUCAUUUAAUUGUAUUCCCAGGCCCAGGUAAUUGAAGUACAUUGGGAAUAACUGAUUGAUCUGUCAUGAAUGAUCCAACAUAAUAAAGUAACUCAGACUAUUCCAUGACAAUAUUUAACACUCCCAAGAAAUAAAUCUAACACUCGAUACAGCAAUUCUGGUAUCAGCCAGGUGUUGCUCAAUGGGGUUUUUGCAGUAUGCAGAAGUUAUGUCCAUAACAAUUUACAAAACUCUGAAUGACUGAGAUGAAAGCUCUCAGUAUGCUGCACAAAGACCUGAUUACUUGAAGACUGAAUUAUUUUUGUUUGCUUGAAGUCCAGCAGCCCUACUAUGCUGAUAUUUGCUAGCCAAAAGUACAGAAGAAAUGUGUCUCUUCCAAUGGGUCUGGGCAGAGUGAAGGAUAAAGUGGUGUCACCUUGUAUGUCUUGUGUUCUACCACUGGAACUCAGAACUUUGGAAGCCACAAGUACUCAACAAAAAGCUAAAAAGAUGAUAGGUCAAGUAGCUCACAACCUUCAGACAAACCUAUAUUUCCUGCAGGUAUGAGUAUGGCAUGGGAAUUUAUGCAGGUGCACGACAGUCAACAUCUCCUGUGGUAGAGGGGCAAAAGUCCAAUAUUAUGAUGAGAUCCUGUAUAAUUUAAAAUUAUUUCUGAUGGAUAAGUGCUGCAGUAGUAAAGGAGUCCUAACAUCCCCCUUGACAUUCCUAAGGAUUCAACAGCCAUGAGAUCAGUUUUUAUCCCUCUAUCCUUAGCCAUCUGGAGUCAAAGCAGUAAUGUGUAAGGAAUCAGUUCUCUUUGCCUGACAACCUUUUAAUAUGGGGAUGCUGAUGGGUGAUUUUUGGAGGUGAACUAAUACUUGUGCUACAACUUGCAUGAAAAUACUUCAUGCUGUGAAAUGGAGUGAACCCAGGAUGGUCCUAAGCCGUUGCCAGUGUUACACAGACAUUCCUUUAUUGAGACAACGUUAUAGAUGGUAGGUGCAGUGAAGAGUAAUAAACAUGAAUUAGUCCUCCUUCUGCAGGUGUGAAAUAAUCCAGCAGGAGUUUAUCCCAAAAUUUUUAUUUAGGUUACAGAUAUUGGAGAUAAAGGGCUGUGCAUGCUUCUUCCUCGACACACGAAAAAUAUGUGCUGUUUUGCAACUGGGAUAACAUAAAUUUUAUGAGGAAAGAUGGGUCCUCCCAACUGGAAAUGAUCCCACAGCAAACAAGGAACAACCACAGGACUACAGGCAUUUGUAUGUAACUAUCUUCAAAAACAGUACAGCAGGGAUAUAUAAAAAACAUGAAAAGCAAAUUAAUAGGAUUUCUUAUGAACUUUUGGAUUUCUUUUUCACUCGCUUUGUAUUUUCACAUUGGAGAAAGGGAAGAGAAAUGCAUAAUUGAAGAUAUUCCUGGUGACACCUUGGUAGUUGGGAAUUACAAAGUACAACGCUGGGAUAUACAUAUCCAUGACUUUCUUGAAUCUGCUCCUGGUUUGGGAAUGUUUGUGACUGUCACAAGCCCUACUGGUGAGGUACUGUUGUCAAAACUGUAUGGGCCACAAGGGACCUUUACUUUUACAUCCUACAUCUCUGGGGAGCAUAUAAUCUGUUUCCAGUCAAACUCCACAAGAUUUGCAGUGAUUGCAGGAAGUACACUGCGUCUCCACUUGGACAUCAGAGUUGGAGAACAUUUUUUGGAUGAAUCUACUAUUCAAGCCAAAGACAAAGUGAAUGAAGUUAAUGUCAGACUAGAGCAUCUAAUUGAGCAAAUUCAUCACGUAACCAGAGAACAAGACUAUGAAAGAGAGCGUGAAGAAAAAUUUCGGAAAACAAGCGAAGAAACCAACAGCAAUAUUUUGUGGUGGGCUAUUGUACAAACACUAAUCCUCAUCUCUGUUGGAAUCUGGCAAAUCAAAUCUCUCAGAGAUUUCUUUAUAUCUAAGAAGCUUGUUUAAGUUCUAUAAAGUCAAUACACAGAUUCAAAAAUUGCACACCAUGUAACACUGAACAUCCAAAGAAACCCUGCACCUAUGAGGAAAAUGCUUGUACAGAACUCUCAACCUUCUCUCAUCUUCUGUUCUAACUCUGGUUUCUCCAGCUAGGUCACAACACCUGGCAUCCCCUCAUGUUUUGCUCCUUGAAUCCCAUCUUUUAUCAUUUUCUUUCCCCAUCUACAGAUGUAAAGCUAAAUAUAGAAGGAGUCAGUGACUAAGGCAGCAUUUAAGUUCAGUACUUAAUGAAGAAUGUUUAAUUUAGGUUAAAUCUGAAAUACAAACCUAAAAUAAAGUUUCCUAAGAUUUUAAAUUACUCUGCUUGCUGAGAAAUCUUAUUUUGCACUACUAUGAACAGUUCAGCACUUCAGACUGACUAGGAUUCCUAUAGUAAACAGAGAAAUAAUUACAUCCCCUGCAGUGCUUAAUUGGGUGAGAGUGUCUUGAACUCAAUCUAUAUAUGUGUAACACCUAAAUAAAAUUGUGAAUGCUUUCUUGCAAAAUAUUCAGAGUUUGAACUGAUCAGUGGUGGCAAAAAUUAUCAUAGAAGAGAGAGACCCAGACAAGCAAUUUGGAAUUAUACUUACUUUUUCUCAUAGAAAAGCCUUUAACAUUAGGCUAUGGAGUUGAUGAUGAUCAGAUGCCUCCCACAGUUGUUGAUGUAAAUUAGUCUUUAUGAAGAAUGCCAAAGCAACCCAAAUUAUUUGGUUUCUUGGUAAACAAUGCCAAUUUUAUUUUAAUUCAUUCCUGUACUAAAUGUUUCUGUGUGGAGAAUUUUUAUAAUUUUAAUAAUUUAGCAACUUUAAUAUGACUGCCUACAGAAAUUACCAGAUUUUGACUUAAUUUUCCAUUUUACUUAUUGCAGCUUGGUUGCAUGUACCUUUAUGCCCUAAUUUAGCUAGUUUAUGUAAAAAUAGCAGUGUAACUACAGUAUCAUCCAAUGACAAGUCAAAGGCUGUGGUUAAAAAUCCAGAUAAUUAGCUUGACAAAGCAGCAGUAGUAGAAGGAAGGAGCUGGAGGUGAUUACAUACAAAGACAUGGAAGUUGAAGUGUCCAGAGCACUGUGACAACAGAAUAUUGUGGUUUAUUUUCCCACUCAUCUUUUCAGACCCUUUGCUGGUUUAAAAAGUAGUGAAAGGUGAAAUAUCUGUAGACCAAUUAUUGUUCUAAAGGCACUGCUUUCUUUCUUUUUUCUAUCUUCCCACCUGCUGUUUUCUUUAGCAAGGAAAUGACAUUUUCCUUUAAGUCUACUUAUAUUUCCAGCAUGGGAAUUAAAAGACAGCUGGUAGUAUGUGAGAAUCAAUAAAAUUGAUAUAAAGUAGAGACAAAAAGCAACGUUCCAGGGACCAAAUCAAUCCAAAUAAAAUCUCAUAAAGCUACUCACUGCAUUGUGUCCUAU